GCGAGUGCGGUCGGUUUGUGGCGGAGAUGGACUCGUGAGAUUGUUUACAAUGCUAUUCGCUGUGAUCCUAAUAGGACUUGCAGGUUUGUGUGGAGCCCAGGAGACAUUCUAUUUCUCUCGUAAUCCGAGUAAUGCGGACGUAGUGGCCGGCUCGAAUAUUACUCUGGAGUGCGAGGUGUCCAACGAAGUGGACAUAACGUAUUACUGGCAACUGAACGGGGUUCGACUUGUCAACACGACGCGACGCUAUCAGCGGGGAUCCCAUCUGCACAUCACACGGGCGGAUCGCAUCCGUGACUUUGGCGAGUUCACCUGCAUCGCAAUGAACGUUAGCAAUGGAUUCUCGCUUACCAGCGUGGCUGCUUCACUUAACAUAUUAUGGUUGGGGGAGCCCGUCCUGGUGCAGCUGCAGUCUCCAGGUUCACCCCACAAGAUUGAGGCAGGCAAUGACGUCAUCUUGAGGUGCAUUGUGGAAGGCAGCGGUGAGAUCCACAUUGACUGGUACCGGAAUGCAGACCGCUUGACGAAGUCAGAUACUGUGAGCUUUGGUAAGAAACGUCUCCAUUUAAGGAAUGUAUCGGCUAAAGAUAAUGGAGUAUAUCGGUGUACUGCUCGCAAUGAGGCUGGAUUCAGAAGCAGUGCUGAUAACUUCUCAUUGGCGAUAGCAGAAAAUGGUUCAGCCCUCAUAAAAGUUCAACCCCGUAACCAGCUGGUGAGGAAGGGUGACUCUGCUCGGUUUGACUGUGUGUACCAGAAUGCCAACAUAACAGAGUGGUACUUCAAGGGCAAGGCAGAUCCUAUAUCGAAGAACAGUACCAGGAUGACUUUGUUUCCUAAUGGCUCCCUACUGAUCCACAAUGUGAAAGCUUCAGAUGAAGGCUUUUAUUCAUGUGUGGGAAUUCCAGGGGACUCAAACCAAGUGCCUCAGACCUAUACCGCAGAACUGAAUAUUGCUUAUCUAGAUGAACUAACAGGCAGUUCAUUUGAGCCACCUCUGCCAGAGAGCAGGACCCGCAUUGUUCCAGAGAAGGCAGAGUUUGAACUGACAUGCAUACCAGUAGCUGGUAACCCCCGAGUACGAGUCUGGUGGCUUGACCCGCGUGGCCACACUGUUUCUGAUAGUGGGCCAGUAAGAGUGGAUGAGACACGACUCAUCAUAGAGGCUGCCAGAGCUAUGGAUGACUCUGGAGAUUACACCUGCGUGGCAGAGAAUAUGGCUGGUACCAAGAUGGCUUCCUUCAGACUUGUUGUGGCCACUCCUCCUAACAUUGUGUCAGACCCACCAAGCAUGACAGUAGAAGAGGGAGCAUUUGCAUCCCUAGCAUGUCAGUUCCAUGCUAUGGCACAUCCUGUCACAGUGGUUCUGUGGAAGAAGAAUGGCAAACUGAUAAGUGAAGAUGGAUCUCGCAUUAAGAUGAACAAGUCUAAUGGCACACUUGUCAUCUCAGAGGUUGAGCUGGAUGACUACGGAAACUACAGCUGUCUGGUGAACACUACUGGAUUCAAACCAGUUCAUUCCAAACCAGCCACUAUGCUGGUCAAGGAGAGGCUGAAGUUCUCACCUCGACCUGUGAACAAGAAGCUUGAGCUGGGAUCAUCAGCACGAGUGUACUGCAAGGCUCAAGGUGCUCUGCCUCCCAUCAUAAAAUGGUUCAAGGAGGGGCAACAUGGGGAGCAGAAGUUUGAGAUUCCUAACCAUGUGAAAGAUGUAAAUGGCACCUUACACUUCAGUAAUGUCACAGCAGAGGAUAAGGGGCGGUAUAUGUGUGUUGCCACCAACUCCCAAGGAAUCAUCAAUGCCACUGUUGAUAUUGAUGUAAUAGCUAUCUGUGAUAGGCGGUGGCCAGGUGCUGGUCCCCAAGGUGUUCCUGCAGGGUCUCAAGACUUUCCUCAUACUGCUGCUCCUUUUGGGACUCUGUGUAGCAUGUCAGAGGCCAGGCUCUGCAAGACAGUGAUCAAAUUCCAUGUUCUGGAGAAUGGAACGCUGUUGGUGCAAGAGGUACACAUGGCAGACAGUGGAAAGUAUGGCUGCACAGCUGGCAACAGUGGUGGCUUCAAGCGGGAGGAGGUGACCCUCAUUGUGCGCAGCCCAGAGGGCUACCACCCCAGUGAGGACCAGGAGGGGGACAGCUCUAUGAUGACCAAGACCUUCACAAUCACACUGAGCAUUGCAGGUUCUUACAUGAUGCUUGUGGUGGGACUGAUGAUCUGGUGCCGGCACAGACGCAAACGAAGAAAACAGGCUUAUCUCACUGCAAAUGGAGCUGAAGGUACAGACACCCUGUUGACAAAAGCUGAGAAUGGUGAGGCAGGUGUGGAGCACACAGAACUGAAAGAGGCAACAGCCAGUCAGCAGCUACCUGAUGUAGGUGGGGAUGGGGCAGACACUGCUCAGUCCCACAGUUCCUCGCAGAGCCGACGUUCCAACAAGAGCAGCAGCUAUGACCGACUGGCAUUUCCACGGCAAGACCUGCACAACAUGGUCUUGCUAGGUCGAGGGAAGUUUGGUGAGGUGUUCCUGGCAAGAGCCAAAGGACUACAAGAAGGUGAGGACAAGGAGAAGGAGACGGUGGUAAUGGUGAAAUCCCUUCAGAAUACUCGAGAGGACUCAGCACUGCAAGAAUUCAAGCGAGAACUGGACAUGUUCCACAAACUGCAGCACCAGCAUAUCGUCCAGCUGCUGGGGCUGUGCUGUGAAGCUAACCCACAUUAUAUGAUAUUGGAGUACAGUGACUGGGGGGAUCUGAAGCAGUUCCUGCUAGCCACUCGAGGUGGCGGCAAGGAGGGGAACACUUCAAGAGCCGUGAGUGUUGGGGGCAAGGGUCCUCGCCCUCCACAGCUGUCAGUAACGCAGAUCAUCCAGCUGGCCAGUCAAGUAUCUCAAGGAAUGGAGCACCUCUCCAACCAGCGCUUUGUACAUUGUGACCUGGCUGCCCGCAACUGCCUCAUCGCUUCCAACUUGAAUGUGAAAGUCUCUCUCUCAGCCCUGUCCAGAGACACAUACAGCAAGGAAUACUGCAAGUAUCACAAUGAGGUAAUACCACUACGCUGGAUGCCAUAUGAGGCUGUGUAUGAGGAUGACUACUCAACCAAAUCAGACGUAUACUCAUUCGCUUGCCUAGUCUGGGAGAUGUUCUACCAGGGAGAGCUGCCAUUCUCCAAGAUGUCAGAUGAGGCAGUGCUCACAGCACUCAAGAAACAUGACCUUCAGUGGAAACCUCACAAGGCGGCACCUCAGUCAUUGCAGUCCCUGCUCAUCAGCUGCUGGUCUGACAGUCCUCGUGACCGUCCAACUUUCUCACAACUCACUGUCACUAUUGGUGAGAUUUCUGUUGACAGUACAAUAUGAGAUUGCUUGUAAGAACAACUGUACCCUUCAGAUUCCUGUUGUGUUCAACACAGUGGCUCUGUCACAGUGAGGUUUGUCCAUAUUAUGCAGCUGUGGUGUAUUUCCAGAUAUGUAAAUAUUUAGUUACAAAUUUCAACACUAAACCCUGUGGACAGGUGGAUAUUGCAUUUUUUAUUAUAGUAAUUUAUAAAACAUUCUUCAAGAUUAUGUAUGAAAUUACUAUUGACAGAAUGCUGAUGAAAUGAGCUAAACCUCAGCUACUGUUCUCAUUUAAAAAUUGGACUGAUGCCGCUUGAUUUUCAAAUUGACAUUAAUGUGGACAUCCUCAACUACAGCCCCACAGCCUCUCAUAAGCUGUGCAUGGGUACACACUGACAAACUUUAUAGUUUUUUUAAGAACUUUUAAAUAUUGUAUAUCCUUCACAUAUUAAUUUAUUUGUUUACUUAUUAAAGAAGAUGCUGUACCACUGUUAAGAUCCCCAGCAGAGAUGAAAGUUGUUUGAUCAAUUUUUUGAGAGUGAUACUUUUUACAGACAUUAGCGGCAUCCAUAUUUUCUUCCAAGACAAUGCUAUGUGUGAUAUUUAUUAUAAAAUGUUUAUAUACUCUGUAACUGGUUUGUAUGCACUUUGUCACCAUAAUUUUUUUAAAGGCAAUUACAAUUACGGCUACACUGCAAUUGUAGGAAUAUACCAAGAUAGCAUUGUGCCAGCAUCUCAAACUACUUGCCUACUUUGUUUGAUUUGACAUAUUCUGUUAUCACAUGCUGUUGUGAAGUGUUCUUGCCUUAUUGAUAACAAUAGGAUCCAAUGUGGAACCAUCAUACUUAUAUGACAGUACUUCAGAAAAAAUGUUUUUGCUUAGUACAAGCAUACAUUUCUGCAGAGAAUUUUCCUCUUAGGUCAGCCAUUUUCCCUGAAUCAGUAUGGUUGUUAUGUAAUUAUACAUUGUCACAGAUUACAGAAUCAUCAUCAGAAUCAGAAAAAGCAGUCAUUUUAUGACAUUUGGGUACAGUUCUUCUAAAAUCACGCUUCCAUUGAGAAUUGCGAACUUGCAUUCUUUUACCUGUAAGCAACAGAUGCAUAGUUUUAAAAACAGAAAAGAAAGCACCAACUCUACCUCUUCAGUAUCAGUUCACCAAGGUUUCCUCUAUGAUGUAAGGAAAUGUGCAUUUGAUUGACAUCUCUUCACAACUUAAUGAUUAUCAGCAUGAUUACAUCAGUAGAAUUGUGUGUCAUUGGCCACAGACAGCUCAACAUUCUACAAGCAUUAUGUACAACAGUGAACAUGUUACCAUGCUAGACAAGUAUUGUUUACUAUAAAAGUAGCAAGAGAUGCUUUCAUUCAGUUGAUUCAACCCAGUAAACCUGGUUUUACAAUCAUUCAUGAAGACAAGUGUUGUCACUGUGUCAGUAAUUUUCUCAAAACUAACUAACCAAACCCAUGUUCAUUCCUUAGGGUGAGAAACCAAGCAAAAUUAUAGUUCUGUAUAUUUUUGGUUUCAGACAGAAGAGAAGCCAAAAAUUGUGAUCUGAAUGAUAAUAAGCAUUCUCCAAAUUUAGCCUGUUCUUAACUUCUUUGUGAAUUUGAUUAGUUACUCUUAUUCUCAAGUAUGCAAACUUCACUGCCAACAUUCACACACAGAAGUGAAAUUUAUGAAUGUGAUUGUAAUCUCACAAUCACAAAAUUUUCAGAUUCACCUCCCUGUUUGUCAUUUACUUCUAUAUAAAUUCAAUAGCAGGUGUUAUUUACAUUUUUGUACUUUAAUUUGUUUUUGAUUCCAUUUGUUAUAUGAAUCUCAUUCUAUAAAUCUUAUCUUCUAAUGUUCUUGUUCAUCUUUCAUCUGUAAUUUAUUUCUUUCUGUUAGAACUGUUUGUGCUUUUUUGUCUUGUAUGGACCACAUCAUGUAUAUUUCUAAAUUAUUGGUGCCUUUAUUUUAUAUGUUUCUUGUAUCUGAUUAGAAAUUCAUAAUGGCAUUUGUGUCUGUAGUUACAAAAAAUGAAGAUGUGAUGAGAUGGGCACAUGCCCAUGUAUGUCCAAAUCUUGAACUGCUGAAAAGCAUAUGUGAACACUUCAAAUGCUCUCUAGAUUUAGUGGAAUAAAAAUUUAUUCAUCCCAGGAGUGCAAAAAGAAGGCAAGGCUAGUUUCUUCAUGUGGAUUACAGCAAGUAAUAAUAAGGUGUACAUACUUUAUAUGUGUCCACCUGGAUGCGUGAGUGA